CGGCAUACAGAUUCACGACUAUUUUCACGAUGUAUCAAGAUAUUUAUACGAUCAACAAUACGAAGUGUCAUAUUUUUUCUUAUUAAUAUAAAUUACGUAUAUAGAAAUUAUAAAGAAAAGAAAUUGCAAAGAAAUAUUAGAAUGUUGAAAAUUUCGCGCAAAUUCUAAAAGUGUAAAAUUUUAAUUUUACCAUUCUUUUCAUAAAAUUUGUAUCACGAUAAAAUUACAGAGGUUAUGUUACCGUACAAUUUUAUAAAAAUAAUACAGUUAAAAAAAAGCGUGAAAAUUAAAGUUUAUAAGUCGAAUAACAAUGAUAAGACUUGGAACGAUGUUCGAUAAUCGUGAAAUUGGAAAACGAAUACGACGUUUGAUCGAUGGGAAUUAUUCAUGUCGCAAAAUAUUUGUAUUACUUAUUAUAUGUAGUGGGAUAUUUUUAUAUUUUGGUCCACCUUUCGUACAGUGGAUCUUUUCUUCUUCCAGGGAAUCAACACAAGCAAUCGAAGAUCUUUGUAUAAACGAAAGAUUAGCUGCCUUUCGUUUCGAUAUCGGAGAAUAUAACGUAAAUAUUCUUCACAAUCCACCAAAAGAAGAGGAACAUUAUUAUUUGCCAUAUAUCGGAAAUGGAAUUUUUGGAAUUCCUAUUUUGCCGGAGGCUUUAAUAUAUAUAAAACGAGGACGAGCACUAUCAUUGCCCGUACAAUGGCAACCAUUAAUUUCUCAUCCUUUGCUCAAAAGCAGUUUUUAUCGAGAAGCUACAGUUACUCAUUUUACAAAUGGGAUCGUUUAUCGUUAUCAGUGUUUCAGAGAAGGAUAUUACAUGGAGUUUCAAUAUUACGCUCAUAGAAUAUUCGAUGCAAUAUUGAUACAAGAUAUAAAAAUAACUAAUCCACUUUCAUUUUCUCAAAAUGUACCGUUGAAACCACAAGUAUCUACUCAAUGGAGUAAUUAUCGUAUAGAAACGAUCAAAAUUCAAGUAGAUGAUUUUAUGGAUGAAUAUAAUUUAAUUUCGGGAUUUGUUCCAUUAUCUAAUACGAAUAAAAUUGUGACGAUAUCAAUACUUUAUAAAACGCCACCAAGAACGUUACAAGUUAAAGCAAGAAGUACUAUGAAAUUAAAAUUCUUGACAAGUAUACAAUAUAGCGAACCUACGAUUAUGGAAGAAUAUCACGUUCAAUACGAAAUAACAAAAAAAAAGGCUAUAGAGGCGCUUAAAAAAGCCAUCGGUAUUCAAUAUCAAAAUUUAAAAGAAGAUCAUAUUAAUCGUUGGCAAAGUUAUUGGUACACAGGUUUUAGAAUAAGCGAUUCUAAAGCCGAUGGUGCAAUAAAUGGUUAUAAAAUAAAUUCUACCAUAUAUUACGUAUUAUCGCAAAUUCCAAAAGGAAUUCCAGGCAUAGAAAAAAACGUAGCUAUGAACGAAGGUUGUUAUUGCGGGCAUCAUACCUUGGAUGCUCCGCGAUUAUGGAAAGAUACAUCUUCUAUCGAUGCUAUAAACAACGUAGUCGAAGCUUGGUUAGUAACAUUAGAAAAACAAGGAUGUCAUCAUUUAAUGAUCGGCGAUCCUGCAGCAGUGCAACAAGCUAUCGUUUUAAGCCUCGGUAGUUUACGUUUCAGUAAUCAGCAUCUCGAAUUUAAUAUCGAUCCACAAUAUCUUCAUCGCGAUUAUUUAUUUAGGAGAAUAAGUUACGGUAACGUAACACAUUUAAAUAUAUCGGUAACAGUCGGAGAAGAUAAUCGUGCAAUUUUAAAAGUGGCUUUAGACAAGAGCGAUAGCGUCUAUUUUGGUUGCGAUGCUGGCUGUUUGAAUCCACCUGUUUCUUUAAGUCAAUCAUACGCAAGUAUUCCAGUGAAAUUGACAAAACCAUUAACAGCCAUAUUAUAUAUAACAUCCGAUUAUCAACAUAUGCAAGAUUUACGAAAUGCUUUACACGUUCAUGCCAUAGACGACGGUUGGUAUAUAUAUAUAAACAAUCUUUUAUCAUUUCUUUUAAUUCUUUUCCAAAUUGUACAUUCCUUUAUAUCUUAUCUUAUGAAAAUAUCUCGUAUGAAUCCACAACGAAACCUUAUUCAUUUUUCUUUUGUUUUUUUAACGAAAUCAUUUCCAUUUAACCGUAUAUGUAUAUGUACUUUCGAAACAAAGACAUCGACGUACGAUACGAUUAUUAAUCGAUUAUCGUUCUUUCAACACAUUAAUAGAAAAAUAGACGUAAAAAAAUAAACAUUCCAUCAUUCAACUUUUUUUUUUAUUUUAUAUAUUAUAUAUUCAAUUAUUAUUCAAUUAUAUAUUAUAUAUUCAAAUUAUAUAUUCAAUCGCGCGAUUCAUAAUAAGAAUAUCAAAUAUCACAUCGGGAGAAAAAUAUUAUUUAUAACAUACAGAUUAAAACUCAUAAAUUAGACGAUAACAAAAUAUAUCGAUGUACGAUUUUUUUUUAUAGCUCCCGCGCAUGAUCACGUUGUAAUGGCCUUACACAAACAUGGACAUCAAUUAGGAGGAUUGCCAACAUUUUUUUGGAUCAGUAUUUGUUUUCUCAUAAUCGUGUUUCAUUUGUUUCUUUGUAAACUUAUUAUUAAUGAAUAUCAUGGUCACCAAGAUAAACAGAAAGUACGGUAUAGUAAGUUAUAAUGUUUGUAUUGCGCGCGCGUGUGUGCGCGCGAUGUAUGUGUGCGCGCGAUGUGUGUGUGCGCGUGUGUGUGCGUAUACGAAUAUUAAUAUUAAAGUAAAUUACAUCCAUUGUACGUAUAAAUUUAAUUAUAAUGUAAAAACUUAUAAAAAGAGAAAUAUUCUGCUAAC